UAUGAACUUUCCCCAACAACAUUCAAGAAAAGCUCCCGUCCCAAGGAGAAAUACGACGCUGUAAAGGGCGGGGAUGUAUUCUACAGAACACGACAUUGGAAAACCGAGCGCAUCCUCAACGAAGCUCGAGCGCUGCUCCUGCUCGCUAAAACCAAAAUCCCGGUUCCUAAGUUGAUCCAAUGUGGCGACAACGAUGACGGGACCACGUUCCUGGAGAUGAGUCGAGAAGACGGCAUCGAACUAAGUGAAGUGGGCAAGGCAUGUCACAUGCCAGGUACUGUGGAGCAUAGCCACGUUGGCGAAUGCGAAAACUGCAAAGCCAUUGCGCAGGCCAGUGCGAAGGACUUCAUCCGGAGUAUUCUGCUCCCCGAGCUCGCAAAUUUAACUUCCGACACCACAGGACUGGACGGGUUUGUAAUACCGCCGGCGUGGAUGCUGGAAACCGAUACACGAUCGAAGUGGGAGCCAAUGACGUUUUCGGAACCAGUGCUCAUAUUCAUCCACGGCGAUUUGGGGCCCUCUAAUCUGCUGAUGGACCCGAAGACGCUAACGGUGAAGUGUGUGAUUGAUUGGGAACAUUCAGGAUAUUUUCUUCCAGAAUUCCAGAAGUGG